UACCAUGAUGCCCUCAACUUGGACAACGACGGUGCUUAUGGUUGUGGCCGCGUCGGUGCUCACGGAGGGCGCUGCUACCCCCGUCAGGUCUCCUUCCUCCCUCGCCAGGUUCCUCGCGCCUGUUGUUAGACAUCGGCUCGAGGAAGGCCGCCUCCCCCCCGCCCUCGUGGAGGAGCUGGUGGCCGACUUCGAGGACCCCGAACUCAUGGACUUCCACGACGCCGACAAACGCCAGUUCGACGAGUACGGACACAUGAGGUUCGGCAAGCGGGCUGGCGGCAGCGGCGGCGUCGGCGGCGAGUACGACGACUACGGCCACUUGCGCUUCGGCAGGAGUCUCAACGCCAUGACCACGUCAGCAGGCAGCAGCAGCAGGAUUAGCAGCAGCAGGAGCAGCAGCGGAGACAGCAGCGACCGCUACAACCACCACCACCAUCACCACCAACUGGACGCCUCCGCCACCUCGCGAGGGCACUAAUUUACUUCGCACUUGGCUCUCCUUCCUGCGUUUUCUUCUCUUCUUUAUUCUUUUUUUUGGGAUAGACUUAAGUACAUUUCGAGAAGUUGUCGAGGGUUGGUCAAACGAACUCUUUUGCUAUAAAAGUCUCCGCAGGUCGCUGCCGCUCUUCGUCCCGAGCGAAAAGAAGAAGAAGAAAAAAAAAAAUGGCGCGUAUUUAUCUUCCGGAUCCCCACGUGUCGACCCGGGAGGAGACGCUCCGGCGCGUCUUCCUGGAGGAGGAAAAAAAAUGAACCUGGGUCUGCGCAGAAGGGAAACCGGGAUGGGCUCGACAGUCCAACAUGGCCGACGCGUUCGUCCAGCGACUUCGGGAGAGGAAAGGAAGUCAUCGCGUUUUAUCAGCGCUCGCAAACGUCAUCCGCCCUGACACCUGCAACCCAUCUCGUCAGCCAGACCGGACGCAGCCAUCCAGGUCGUCAGCCAAGGACGGAAACCACCGCAAACCACAAUAAUCCACACUUGCCCUCCGCCUCGAUCAACCCUCCCUUUCCUAACCAUCUCUCGAGCAAUAUUUUCCGAAAGAGAAGAAAAAUAAACUUGAAACUAUAAUAAUAAAUUUAAAAAGGGGUUUAAAACAGAGACGAUAAAGUGAUUUACACAAGUACUACAAACACGAACUGCUGUGUGUCAAAGAGGAAGCGAAAUCAGUGUUACUUUGUAAGUGUUCAUAGUGGCUGGGUAUAAACAA